AUGACUUAUAAGCAAGCUCUUUCCAUUGGAAUCAAUGAUUACUCACCCAGUUAUUUGAGAUUACGGCCAUGUCUGAAUGAUGCAACUGAUAUGCAUCAUGCUUUACAAUCAAUUGGAUUUCAUACCCAGUGCGAACGAGAUCCAGAUUUAAAAUCAAUGAAAGCCGUGACUCAACGCUUUGUUAGAUCUAUCCGGCCCGGUUCUGUUGUUCUGUUUUAUUUUUCUGGUCAUGGCGUUCAAUCUGAUGGGAAUAACUAUUUAAUUCCAAAAGAUGCAGUUGGUAUAUGUGCAGAAAAUAUCAGAUCAACUGCUAUCGAUGCUCAAAAAUUGAUCAAUGAAAUGCAUGGGCGACGUCCAAGAUUGAUUAUCUGUGUACUAGAUUGUUGCCGAACUGAUCCACCAACAGAACCCUUAGAUGCCAGAAGUCGUUACAAAGCGGCAUUGGCUGGAACUCGAGGAGGCUUUGCACCGAUGCAAGCUCCACCUUCGACCAUUGUUGUUUAUGCUUGUGCUGCAGAUGAUACUGCUUCGCCUCGCUCACGAAAUGGUCGAAAUAGUUUAUACACUUAUCAUUUACUUCGUUAUCUCCGUACGCCGAAUACUGACAUCGAAACUGUAUUGAGAUAUGUUGCUGCUGCUGUUCAGAAAGAUUCGGAAAAUAAACAAAUACCUUUUCGCUAUAGUAGCUGUAAUGAAAUGAUUUAUCUCGUGACCAAACAGGGAGUCAAUCCAAAAAUGAUAUCUCAUCCCAUGCACAGAAAACCUCACGCUCCAUAUCUCGACGCAUCACAAUACAGACAUCGAAGAGCAAUGUCUCUCUAUCAUGCUCAGCCACCAAUGAAUCAUUAUCAGUAUCCAUUGAAUGGUUACUUUGGCGCACCGGUCUAUCCGCAGUUUCACGGAAGAUAUAAUGCGUCACCUAUGCCAAGAGCUCCUUCACGCUACGAUUCACCUUAUGCGCAUGAUUUGCGAUAUUAUUGA